AUGCCUUACCACCUAGCUCAGGUUAUUUUUGGCCAGACCCAGUCCCAUUCUUGUGUUCUAACUGGUGUUCGCUUCGACAAUGUCACCAAAACGAAGAAGGACGCGUUAAUAAAGGAGACUGCCGAGCUUUACAACUCGAGGAAUCUCAAUGAACUUAUUGUCAAAGCCCAUAUGGCCUCACAGCAUAUGGAAGUAAGUGUUUGUUUGGUUUUUUUUGUGUUUUAGGUUUGUUCAUGUUACUCAUGACUCACUUUUAGGACGUCGGCUUGAUGGAGAGAUGUGCAGCACUAAUUGAGAAAACACCAGGUCUGAGGAACGGAUAUAAUGUCAGGUUUGUCGUGAAGGAGCCGAAAAAGGUUGUAGCCGGCGUCAAAAUGGGUGUGACUUCAUCUGGAACUGUUGAUGGAAGUUUAACAGCUUCGAAAGGGGUAAGUGACGUUUGAAAUUUUUGUUAUUUCAUCAUGACCAAUUAGAUCGACCAGAACAAAAAAGAACAUUAACUUUUUUUAUUACAGAGUUUAUACGGCCGAGGAGAGACAGCCGACGUUUCAUAUUCAUCCACCAUCAAAGGAGCGCACACAUUCUCGGUCAACUACAUCAAACCGUGGUUGGGAUGGCAAGUGUAUAAGAACUCGGGAAUUGCAUUGCGUCGAGUUCUCGAAUAUCUUCCUUGGAAUGGCUGUAAUCUGACAGAGAAUUCAAUGGUUGUUCAACAUGGGCAGGCGUUCAUGAACAAAAAACUUUUCAACUUGCUCAAACUUAAUUUUGUAAGUGGCUUUUUCUUGCGAUUCGUAUGUUUAGUCAUGGAGAACAUUGCUGCCAACAGACAAGUCUGCAUUUUCAAUCCGAGAACAUGCCGGCCACACGACCAAGAUCUCAUUAGAGAAUGUUAUUCAAUUCGACAACCGUGAUCGUCCCAUCUUGCCAAGUACUGGUGCCACCGUCAGAUUGAUGACCGAGUUGGCUUCGUUUUUAGGAGAUUCCAGUUUUGUUAGGAACGAAGUAUUAUUACAGGUGAGAAGGCUUGAAAUUGUAUUAUUUGUAUAUUUAGGCCGCCACAAAAUUGCCGUUUGGAACAUUCUUGUCAGGCACAAUAAACCUGCAGGCAGUGCAGAAUAUUGGAGACACGACGUUACAUGUGUUGGAUCGAGUGUAUCUCGGAGGUCCACAAGAUGUUAGAGGUUUUGAGAUCAAUUCGAUUGGUCCACGGUCUGAGAAUUCAGUUCUUGGAGGGACGGCGGCGGCUGCUUUUGGAGCACAUCUUUUUCUCCCAUUAUAUCCGAAGGAUGUGGUAAGUAAAAGUGACUUUUUAUGGUAUAGAAAUUGAUUUUGUUUGUCAAUUUUAAUUAUAUUUUAGUUCUACGCCCACGCGUUCACAACUGGAGGCACCGUGGCAUCCGUAAGGUCGAGAGAAUGGAUAUCAGACAUGAGCGAAUCGAUGCGAGUCACCGCUGGACUGGGAGUCACGGCUGUUUUGAAGAACAUUAUCCGUUUUGAACUCUCCUAUGUGGUCCCUGUUGCUCAUGUUGGUGGCGAUCGUUGCGAAUCCGGUGUCUACUUUGGUGCCGGCACCAGCUUUCUUUAG